AGCACUUGGAACUUCCACAGCCCCUCAGUCCUCAGCAUUCCAGAGCAGAGCAGAAGGAUCCUUGUCCUCCCAAUAACAACUUCAGAGAAAGUUUCACAGGCUUUGCCUCCAAGAUGCUGAACCUCAACUCACAGGACGACAACAGCAACAGGAACUCUCUCCAGGACCCGGUGUCAUUGAACGUCGGUGGAGAAAUUUACACUACGACCCUGGACACUCUGACCCGCUGCCGUGACUCGAUGCUUGGUGCCAUGUUCACGGGACAAAUCCCCGUACUUAGAGAUAACCGAGGGAAUGUUUUCAUAGACCGUGACGGUAAAGUGUUCAGGUACAUUCUGAACUACCUGCGCUCCAGCUCCCUGGACCUGCCGGAUGGCUUUUCAGAGCUGGCGUUGCUGCGCAGAGAGGUGGAUUUCUUCCAGAUACGCCCCCUACUGGAGGAGAUGUGCCGCUAUGAGGCAUUAAUGCCUCUCAGCCUUAGAGGAGGGCCGCUAGGAGCCAUGAUAAUGGUAAAUGUUGAUUCCAAGGUUCGCGUUCUCCACUUUAACUUGCGCCAUGGGCCAGAAAACUAUGAGCUCCGCACAUGCUCUGUGCGCGCCUUCACCGUUGACCUCUUUUGUACCUGGAGAGCCUUCCUGGCCCUCAUUUGUGAGCACUUCUCCUACAGAACAUCACGGGGUCUCACUAGCCCCCAUCCGUGCAAUCCAAGGCAGAACAGGCUGAAGCUGGAGUGGGUGCCGAGGCCCGACGAACUCCCGCAGGACCAGUACAACAAGCAGCGCUACCAAGGGCUCACUGUCUCCAACACAGAGCUCACGCAGUUAGAUGACAUCGUGAACGUGCACCGGAACCCGUGUGAUAUCACCGACAUGCAGGGGUUUGUGGAGGAGCUGCUGAAGGUGUCUCUGGCUGAAGGGUUCAAGGUUGAUCUGGUGACUCCUGACCCCGCGGAAAUUCUUAACUGCACCUCACUUCGGCUUGUCAAGUGCUGAGCUCUGGGCUA